AAGACUUGCAAUGCUUAGACGGAAAAAGAAGCAGGGGAAAAGGGAAACGUUUGCCUAAAAGGAGAGGCGGGGAGAGGGAGGAUCUUCGCGCAGCAGAAAGGGAGGAGAGGCUUUAUUUGACUGCAGGAACCAGCGAGCUCUAAAAAUAAGCGUUGAGAGAGGCAAUUCCCCUUCUCGCUACGCCCUUUCCUCCCUCCUUCUCUCGCCCCCAUAGACCUCCCAGACCAGUGCCCAGGCCAACGCAAAGACAGCAGGCGGGGCCAGGGCAAAGGGAGCUCUGGGCGUGAUUGACAGGUCCCGCAGCCCACCACGAGGUUGGAGUGGCGGGGGAGCUGCGGUCGGGCGCCCGAGGGUUGAGCUGAAGCGCCUAUCAGCUGCUCUGGGAGGUUGUGAGUGACUAGUGGGCGGUGAGCGGAGUUUGGGCGUGUGCUGCUCGUUCGCUGGCUGGGGCUUGCCUUGCACUGCACACACAUACAUUGUCCAAGCCGCCGCUACCACAGCAAGAGCCGCCGCGCGAGUGAGCGUCCUGGUGUUUGGUGCCAAUGCGGGGAGGGCGCUACAAGCAGGGGGCUCCGCCGCCGCCUAGGUGGAAAGUUCACCAUUGCAUCGAGCCAACAGAUAAUUGACUAAGAGCAACCAGCUUCCCCCAAGCAAAGAGACUUAGGCUCUGUGGAUCUAUCCAGGGGGAUCUCCCCCCUACAAACUUUGCAUUCUCUUCCACGCUUCUUUUAACCCGCCCGCCCCUCUCCCUACUCCCCUGAGAAGGUGCAGCGUUGUUCUACUGCCCUGCAAAGGAAAGCAAUCUGCUAGGGGACAGACAGUUGGUGGCUGUGUCGUGAGGGGACUCUGAGCUGGGCUUGGCUGGAAGAUGACGGAGUACAAGCUGGUGGUGGUUGGAGCAGGUGGUGUAGGGAAAAGUGCUCUGACCAUUCAACUUAUCCAGAACCAUUUUGUUGAUGAGUAUGAUCCGACAAUAGAGGACUCCUACAGAAAGCAAGUAGUCAUUGAUGGAGAGACCUGUUUGUUAGACAUCUUGGACACAGCAGGCCAAGAGGAAUACAGUGCCAUGAGAGACCAGUACAUGAGAACAGGAGAAGGUUUCCUUUGCGUCUUCGCCAUUAACAACACCAAGUCCUUCGAAGACAUUCAUCAGUACAGGGAGCAGAUCAAGAGAGUAAAGGACUCUGAUGACGUCCCCAUGGUGUUGGUGGGGAACAAAUGUGACCUUCCAGCCCGGACGGUGGAAACCCGGCAAGCCCAAGAACUGGCACGGAGCUACGGGAUUCCCUACAUAGAGACAUCAGCCAAAACAAGACAAGGAGUUGAAGAUGCCUUCUAUACUUUAGUGCGGGAGAUCCGGCAACACAAGCUACGCAAGUUGAAUCCCCCAGAUGAAAGUGGUCCAGGCUGCAUGAAUUGUAAAUGUGUGAUAUCAUGACCAAGCUGACCAGACUGUGACUCCGAGGGGUUUCCACUGUGUGUAGCACGAAGACAGAAGUGAUGUGAAAGAAGAAUCAAAUGGAUUCAAGGAAAGGGGACAGAUGACAAUGGUGUCUUCAGGCCCCAAGAGCUCCGCACAGACUGUCUCAAAACUUCACCAAGGCCUGCAAUGAACCAUUUCAAACAACAAAAAACCACCACUGCCCCUCCCCUCCUGGCAACUUGUACAACGCCACAGAUUGAAAUGCAGUAAAUUAUUCUAUUAAUGGUCUUGACACUGGUCUCUGCAUCUCUGUCCCUAUUCCAGAGGAUUUGGUUGCCAUUGCCUGUUCUUCUGGAACUGGUGCUGGUGGAGGGGAGGGCCAUGCAGGGCAGGGAUGUGGGUUGCUUCUUCAGUCUGUCUGAGCUCAUCUUGGCAGAUGACAGACUGGCUAGAUCCACAGGUGAGCGUGGCCACUAUGGCGUCAAGAGGCAAUGGGGGGGGGAGCAGCUGUGUAACUGGUGGCCUGAAUAGCUCCGCUAUUCCACCUACAUCUCAGAAGGAGGACUAGUUACUUGUAAAAGAGCAAGCCUCUUUAGAAGACUUUCUGAAGUUCCACCUGCCAUUGUCUGUCAGCUGAUAGUGAUGGGGAAAGCUGGAUGUGCAUAAGUGGCCUGAACCAUUUUCUGUGGCGGGGGCGGGUGGGGGGAGAUCACAAAAAGAUACCUCUUUAGAUACUGGUUUCAUGCUAAUCUCAAAUUACUCUCUCCAGAGCUUUGUCCCACUCACCCUGCCCCUGUUAGUUUACCCUGCUGUAAACAUGGAUUAUUAUUACACCUCUUUGUUCAUGGCCAGUUACUCUCCUGUAUGCUAGAAUUACCCCUUGGGUUUUCUCUGCAGAGAGAAGUUCUCUCUGGCAAAAAUUUCCCUGCAGGCCUGAAUUGUCUCCUUGGAAGGGAGGGGUUGGGGGAAAUGGUGUUCCUUCAAUGUGUGAUUUUUCUUCUUUUGUGGUGCUGGGAGGACUUGAGUAGGGAUGUAUGUGUGUGUAAAUAGACAAACGACUCAAAUUGUCAAUGAAGAGUGAAGGAUGUUUGAUUCUAAAACAUUAGUCUGUGUUUCGCUGAGCCCCAUUUAUAUUUUAAUUCCCAGGGUAUGUGAGAGGAGGAAUUAAUCCCUUAUUGUACCUUUUCGGGGGCACUGAGAGCUGUGCUAUUUUUUGUUUUUCCAAGCCAUUGUGUCUUAUUGGGUGGGUGGGUGGUAGGGGCACCUAGUGGGCAAGAGACUGUCACCUGUUGGCUCUCAUGUUUGUUGUACGCUUGGCCUUUUCUGAGCAAAGUUUUAUGCUUGCCUGUGCUGGGGCUGAUUUCAUUGACGUGCUUGUUGCAAAACUUGUGUACUUCCUGGAGGUGGAACCGGUCUCAAGAGACAGAGGAGUUCAUCUCCUUGUUCAGCUCCGACUGCCUCCCUGUGCCUACGCUACUGCAUGCACAGCUCAACUCCUGCUCUUCAGGUGGCAGCUCCUCUUUAUUACUGUGACUGUAUCAAUUAUACUUGCUGUAAUUACAAGUUUGUUCCAGUAAGAUAGCAAAAUCUGGAGCUCAGCAGUGGCUGAGUUAAGGAAAAGCAGCCCCUUCCAAUAAUUAGGUAAGAGAUAGAAAUUUGAAAGGGGAUUGAGCCAAUGUUGGGGGUGUAAGAGAACCCAAGCCUAGCCUUAAAUGUCAUUAAAGUGUUUUGUUCUCAAA